AUGCAUGUAUGUGUUGUGUUCGUGUACCUCUGUUGUCACCAGGUGCACCGGCAGCUGACUGUUCCAGGCUUCGACCCCUCUCUGUUUGAGGCGCAGCAAGUGUUUGUGCCCAGCACCGAUUGCACCAGGAUCCCCAUGUUUGUGGUGUGCCGUAAAGGUCUACCCCGCACAUCAGACCACUUCACUCUCCUGUACGGCUACGGAGGCUUCAACAUCUGCAUCAAGCCAUCCUUCAGUGUGGCCCGAGUGCUGCUGAUGAGGCACCACGGUGCCGUGGUGGCAGUGGCGGAGGGGGGGAGUAUGGGGAGAGGUGGCACAAGGAAGGCGCCCUGGCCCACAAGCAGCAGUGCUUUGAUGAUUUCUAUUGUGGCCCGAGUGCUGCUGAUGAGGCACCACGGUGCCGUGGUGGCAGUGGCGAAUAUCCGCGGAGGGGGGGAGUAUGGGGAGAGGUGGCACAAGGAAGGCGCGCUGGCCAGCAAGCAGCAGUGCAUUGACGACUUCCAUAGCUGUGCGGAGCAUCUGAUCAGCGAGGGGUACACAUCACCGUCGAAGUUGGUGAUAGAGGGUGGCAGCAAUGGGGGGCUGCUCGUCAGUGCUGCUGUCAACCAGGGUGGCAGCAACGGGGGGCUGCUCGUGAGUGCCGCCGUCAACCAGGUGGGCGUGCUUGUGCCCAACGGGGUAGGUUGGUAUGUGUUGGUACGUUGGUGUGUGUGGGUGUGUUGGUGUGUUGGUGUGUUGGUGUGUGUGGGUGUGUUGGUGUGUGUGGGUGUGUUGGUAUGUGUGGGUGUGUUGGUAUGUGUGGGUGUGUUGGUAUGUGUGGCUGUGUUGGUAUGUGUGGGUGUGUUGGUAUGUGUGGGUGUGUUGGUUUGUGUGGGUGUGUUGGUAUGUGUGGCUGUGUUGGUAUGUGUGGCUGUGUUGGUGUGUGUGGCUGUGUUGGUAUGUGUGGCUGUGUUGGUGUGUGUGGCUGUGUUGGUAUGUGUGGCUGUGUUGGUAUGUGUGGCUGUGUUGGUAUGUGUGGGUGUGUUGGUAUGUGUGGCUGUGUUGGUAUGUGUGGCUGUGUUGGUGUGUGUGGCUGUGUUGGUGUGUGUGGCUGUGUUGGUGUGUGUGGCUGUGUUGGUAUGUGUGGCUGUGUUGGUAUGUGUGGCUGUGUUGGUAUGUGUGGCUAUGCUGGUAUGUGUGGCUGUGUUGGUGUGUGUGGCUGUGUUGGUGUGUGUGGCUGUGUUGGUGUGUGUGGCUGUGUUGGUGUGUGUGGCUGUGUUGGUGUGUGUGGCUGUGUUGGUGUGUGUGGCUGUGUUGGUGUGUGUGGCUGUGUUGGUGUGUGUGGCUGUGUUGGUGUGUGUGGCUGUGUUGGUAUGUGUGGCUGUGUUGGUGUGUGUGGCUGUGUUGGUAUGUGUGGCUGUGUUGGUGUGUGUGGCUGUGUUGCGCCCAGACCUGUUUGCAUGUGGCUUGGCACACGUGGGGCUGACAGACAUGCUGCGACUCCACCAGUUCACAAUCGGCCAUGCGUGGACCUCUGAGUAUGGCUGCUCCAGUGAUCCACAUCAACUCAAGUGGCUUCUCAGCCCUGGGUGGACCUCCAAGUACUUUUGCUCCAGCAACCCGCACCAGCUCAAAUGGCUCCUCAGCUACUCCCCUCUGCACAACGUGAGGCGGCCCUGGGAAGCUGCCAGCCCCACCAGCAGCAACAACAGCACAGGCACGCAUUCAGAUUCCGCUGAUGUGCCAGCAAAAUCUGACGCGGCAGCAGUAGCUGACGUGGCAGCAGCAAAGCGGCAGUGGGGAGAGCGCAGGAGGCAGUACCCGGCGGUGAUGCUGCUGACGGGCGACCAUGACGACCGCGUGCCGCCCUCUCACUCCCUGAAGUUCGCUGCUCAGCUGCAGCAUGAGCUAGUGCACAGGUGGGUGGCAGGAUUUGUUGGUGCACAGGUGGGUGGCAGCAUGUGUUGGUGCACAGGUGGGUGGCAGCAUGUGUUGGUGCACAGGUGGGUGGCAGCAUGUGUUGGUGCACAGGUGGGUGGCAGCAUGUGUUGGUGCACAGGUGGGUGGCAGCAUGUGUUGGUGCACAAGUGGCACAUGCUUUGCACCUUCUUGGCUUUCCCACCUAGCCUCACUGAGUAG